AUGAGAGAAGCUGAGAAAGAAAAAGAAGACGAAGGAGUAAGAGAACCAGAUAACGAAUCCGAAGAGUCUGAAAAAGAUCAAUCCAUGUCAGACGGAGACAACGAAGAUGAAACGGAGGAUGAUUUGAGGAUUCCAAUUCACCAAUACCUCGCCAAGGGUACCUUACCAACAGAUGUCAAAGAGGCUCGGAAACUUGAAUCAAAAGCAGCAAUGUACAGACUUCGCGAUGGGAUAUUGUAUAAGAGGUCAUUUCUUGGACCUCUGAUGCGGUGCCUAUCACGAACCGAAGGAAGGAAAAUACUCCACGACAUACACAACGGAGAUGCCGGUAACCAUAGCGGAAGAAGAUCCUUGGCGGUCAAAAUGCAAGGAUACUACUGGCUAAGUAUGGAAGAAGACUCAAAGAACGUGGCUAAGCGAGGGAACCUCGAAGAGAAGAUAUCUUAUUGUGGCUACGGAUUGUUUCACCAAAUGGGUAGAAGCAAAGUCUUUGGAAAGAAUAAUGGACACAGAUGUCUUUAA